AUGCACCAGGGGGAACAGCCCCGAACACCAGACCCCAAAGUCCCUGAGUGCCCCAUCCACGUCGCAUCCCCGGGAGCUGGAGCUCCGGAGCUCAACACCCUGGGGUUUGAAUGUACCCUUGAAGAGGUCGAUCUUGAAGAUAUCACCAAGGAUCAAAUCAACACGAUAAAAGCUUGCACAUCGGAGGAUCCACGGACUGGAAACUGUCCAGCCCUGGAAGGAUCUACUUUUGAUACGAGUAAAUGCCUGCAGGGCAUCUAUGAGGACCUGAAGGCCUACCGGGCGGAGCUGAGGAACAGCAAUGACUCCAGCGUGCUGGCGACUAUCGAUGAAAUGAUGAAAGCCUUGCAGAGCAGCAACCGGAGCGUGCCGCAGCCGUCGGCCAGCGCGGGGCUGACCACCACCUUCAGCAAGAGGCUGAGGCUCUGCAGCAUCCUCCACGCCUUCCAAAUCCGCGCGGUCACCAUCAACAGGGUGAUGAGCUACCUGAGCUCCCCGGAGAGCUCGCUGUAA